GACCAGCCUGGACCUGUACGCCAACGUCAUCCACUGCCAGAGCCUGCCCGGCGUGGAGACGCGGCACCGCGACAUCGACAUCCUCAUCGUGCGCGAGAACACCGAGGGAGAGUACAGCAGCCUGGAGCACGAGAGCGUGGCGGGGGUGGUGGAGAGCCUGAAGAUCAUCACGGCCGGCCGCUCGCGCCGCAUCGCGCACUACGCCUUCCGCCUGGCCCGCGCCGCCGGGC